AUGGUCAAAGUGUGGGAGGAAACUGCAGACUUCAACAUCUCCUCUUCUCACCCAUCAGCUCACCAAAUCACAGAAUGGGGGGAGCGAAUGUCCAACAGCAGCUCCUUCAACAGGUUCCUCCUCCAGGCAUUUGCCAACACGCGGGAGCUGCAGCUCCUGUACUUUGCGCUCUUCUUGGGCAUCUACCUGGCUGCCUUCCUGGGCAAUGGCCUCAUCAUCACAACCAUAGCCUGCAACCACCGCCUCCACACCCCUAUGUACUUCUUCCUCCUCAACCUCUCCAUCCUUGACCUUGGCACCAUCUCCACCACUGUCCCCAAAUCCAUGGCCAAUUCCCUGUGGGACACCAGAGCCAUUUCCUACUCAGGAUGUGCUGCCCAGCUCUUUUUUCUUGUCCUUUUCAUUUUUGCUGAGUAUUUUCUUCUCACUGCCAUGGCCUUUGACCGCUAUAUUGCCAUCUGCAGACCCUUGCACUAUGGGACCCUCAUGGGCAGCAGAGCUUGUGUCAAAAUGGCAGCAGCUGCCUGGGCCAGUGGUUUUCUCUGUGCUGUCCUGCACACUGCUAACACAUUUUCAAUACCGCUCUGCCAAGGCAACAUCCUAGAGCAGUUCUUCUGUGGAAUUGCCCAGAUCCUCAAGCUCUCCUGCUCAGACACCAGCCUCAGGGAAGUCAGGCUUAUUGUGGUUAGUGCCUGUUUAGUCUCUGGGUGUUUUGUUUUCACUGUGCUGUCCUAUGUGGAGAUCUUCACUGCUGUGCUGAGGAUCCCAUCUGAGCAGGGCCGACACAAAGCCUUUUCCAUGUGCCUCCCUCACCUGGCUGUGGUCUCCCUCUUUGUCAGCACUAUUACCUUUGCCCAUCUGAAGCCGCCCUCCAUCUCCUCCCCAUCUCUGGAUCUGGUGAUGGCAGUUCUGUACUCUGUUGUGCCUCCAACAGUAAACCCGCUCUUCUACAGCAUGAGGAACAAGGAGCUGCAAGAUGCAGUAAGGAAACGGAUCCAGUGGGGCCCUUGGCCCAUUCAGCAACCUUUUGUUACAGAUGUAUUUCUAGAAGCCCUUCUUGUUGGCUUUGACAUCCCUCACCCGAUUAAACUCCAGAUGGGCCUAGGCCCCGUCUGUGUGUCCUGGGACAUUGUGACUGUUUUUCUCCCAGGCUACCUGUCCCUGCUUCCACCUUCUAUGUACUCCCUGUUAUGUUGGAGUUUUGCCAGGAGCUCCCUGCUCGUGCAUGCAGGUCUUGUGCCCGCUUUGCUCGACUUCUUGCUCCUUGGGGUGGACCACUCCUGA